AUGUCUGACAAUACCAACAACUCUGGCUCUCCUUCUGUCCCCUCUGCUCAAGGUUCUCCUGCUCAACGUCAACCUGGUGACGAUACCAUUGAGCACACCAGGCAGCAAGUCCAGGCCAUCCACUUGGAUCAAGGUACGGAUGUCGGACACCAACCUCAACCUUCAAACCAUCAAGAGGAUAUUGCCAUGAUGGAUGCUAUGCCAUUGCGAUCCUCUCCUGUUCCUGCUUUGGCUAACCAUGCUCCCAAUGAUGGUGGUGAAUCCUCAUCUCAAGUUACUUCUCAUUUGUCUGCGUCGACAUCAUGUUCAUCAGGUAAUGCAUCCUCCUCUGCUGCUGGUUCUAGCACGUUGAAUUCCAUCAAGAAAUUGGUCUGGCGUCGGGAUUCGUUUGUACGUCUGUUGCUGGACAUGGUCGAGGGAACUGAUAUGAACAAUGAGCACGGUCAAAAGCAUAUUGAAGAUAUGCGAUCCAAGAUUGAGGACCUGAAUCGUCUGAUCUCCACUGUCAAACACUCAGCCAAGCUAUCCGAAUCUAAUGUCACCGCAUCACUCACUGGUGACAAUGAGGGCAUCUCAUUGUCCAAGCAAGACCUACCUAAAUUCCAACUUCGUUCGCAUGCCACCAAGUACUUUCCCAACGAAAUCUCCUAUGAUUCGAUUCAUCAUUUUCUGCGCUCCUUUGAGAAGUUAAAUCAAGAAUUACUGAUUGCUGAAACAUGGGUUGCCGCCAAGGAAAAGUUCACAUCAAAAUUCAGUAAUGCUGCUCUGCGUCUAGAUGCUCGCCGGGAGGUGCAAAUGGCUACUAUGAGACAUGGUAAAACUAUGGAGGAGCACUACAACCGUUUCGCUCGGGCUCUGAUGGAGGCAGGCUACUCAUCUGAAGAUACCACUCUUGGCGAUACAUUCUUGCUCGGUUUUCCUAAAGAAUGGCAGAUACAAAUCCACGCUGUUCUCUGUGUUCACUUUCCUGGAUGCUCUAACUUCACCGCCAGCCAAAUUGUUACCUGUGCCAUGAACGUGCUCAACAGCGAAAAGUGUCCUGUAUCGUUUGUUAACGCAAAGAAACAUGGUGUUUCUCGUGCUUCGUCCUCCUCAUCCGGUUCAUCUGGAUUCUCUUCCUCUGCUCCCCGUUACUACUGCUCAAACCAUGAAGGCUCUCAGGCCAGACAUCAUGAGAAGGAUUGUCGUCUGAACAAAGGUGGUUCUUCAUCAAGACGUGUAGUUGAAAAGGCAAAUGUACCCAAGAAGGCCAGCGGAAACACUUUCUGCAAGUGGUGUGGCAAAACUUGGUUCCACGGUCACUCUUGCCCUGAGUACCAAGCUAUGAAGGGUUCGUUCAAGGUGUUGAGCGUGAGAAGAGAAAAUAGCGGUCAUCGACCCUAUGCAACUGGCUCCAGUAGUCAGAAACAAAAGCGUCAUUCCCGUAAUGGCAAAGGCAAGCAAGAGGACUUCGGGUCCAGCGAAAGUGACCUCUUCCGCGAGGCUAUGGAAAAGAAUGUGGAUCCUGGUUCAGAUGUUAGCAUCAUUAACAAAUCCGUUUUGAAUAAAAAAUUCUCUACCAUCAAAAAUAUCAAAGCAUUGGGUGGUUAUUUAACCUUUUUGAGCAUGAACAAAGAUGGUAGUGCAUCUAAAGCUGAACGCAUUGGAAGCACCGAACCCAUCAAAGUAACUUAUAUGAAUGGAAUCACAUUUGAACACUCCUUUGAAAUCAUUGACUUCAAUGAUUCCAUGGCUGAAGAGUUUGAUGUACUCCUAGGAGUCGACAUCUUGCCUCGCCUCAACAUCUAUCUUAGUGGAGUAGCUCAUUGCUUUCCUGACACCGAAAACGAAAUUGCUCAAUUCAAGAAUAUAAACUAUGACACUGAAAACGUCUAUAAUCCAGAAAAUGCUGAUUAUGGUACUUCUCAGAAACGUCAAAUCCUUCUACAACAGAUCGAACAAUCUCUGAAUGCCAACAAGAACAUCCCUGCUGACGCAGUAUGUUCCAUGCCUGAAAGUGUAGUGCAUGUUCCUAUAUCCAAUCCCAAGGAUUGCUUCAUUCGCCAGUAUCCAUUAUCCAUCAACUCGCAUGCCGAGAUUGACAAACAAAUCAAAGAAUGGCUUCAAAAUAAGAUUGUUGAACGCUGCAAACCCUCAUCAGUGUUCCAUUCACCUCUGAUUACGGUGACAAAGAAGGAUGAGAACGAUCAACCCACCAAAUUGAGAGUGUGUUGUGAUCUUCUUCGCAUCAAUGCGUCCAUUGAUGACAAUUACCAUGAAAAUUAUGCGGUUCCCAAGAUUCACGAAAUCUUUGAACGAGUGUCCUCUAGCGCACGCAUAAUAAGUAAAAUUGACUUACACCAAGCAUACUAUUCGUAUGGUGUGCAUGAAGCAUCUCGCAAUGCCCUUAUAUUCUCGCAUAAUGGCAUUUUUUACAGAUGGUGUAGGGCCCCUUUUGGCCUAAAAUUUAUGAGCUCUCUGUUCGUAAAAUGCCUGUCAAUUUUAUUCACUGGUUUAUCCGACGAACUGAAAUUCGAAAUGGAAAAGAACAUGGAUCCUUCCCAAGUUGAUCCAACCAAAGUAUGGGGUGGCAUCGAACACUACAUAGAUGACUGUGUCCUGCAUAGUAUAUGUGAGAAAAGCCACAUCAAGCUUAUCAAUCUUGCCGUUAAUCGCUUGACAUCCGUCAACCUGCGCAUCAAUGUGAAAAAAUGUUCAUGGUUCCAGACAUCAGUCUUUUUACUAGGCUUUGUGGUUGGACCUGGCAUACAAAAGAUUGAUAUGCGUCGUUUAUCUGACAUAGACGAAUGGCCCAUUCCCAAAACUGCAAAACAAGUUCGCUCGCUUAUGGGUGUCGUUUCCCAUCUGCGAAACUUUUGUCCCAUGCUGUCCAAGGUUGCUGAGCCCAUCGAUAGUCUUCGAAAUGACAGUGACGUAAAAAAGAAUUGGACACAAUUGCAUACUGAUCGGUUCAAUACCAUCAAGCAAAUACUGCUCUCAAACCAAAUACUGCAUUUUCCAGUGUUGGACGACAAAAUGUUCCUCCAAUGCGAUGCUAGUCUCUAUGGCAUCGCUGCCUGUCUUUAUCAAAAGGAUAAACUGGGUAGAAUCAAGCACAUUGCAUUUGUUAGCAGAUCUCUCAAUUCAGCUGAGCGCAACUGGUCUACAAACCGUAGAGAGUGUGCCGCUGUUGUCUUUGGAUUCAUCAAAUUUAGAUCGCUACUGUGGGGUCAUAAUGAUAUCGAGGUCCUGACCGAUCAUUUGGCAUUGACCUACAUGUUCACAUCUACUUCACUAAACAGUACGCUCCAGAGCUACUUGGAAAUCUUGGGAGAAUUUCACUUCACAAUUUCACAUGUGAAAGGCAUUGAAAAUGUUCUCUGUGAUGCUCUUUCAAGGGUAUAUCCAAUAAUUGAUGAAGACAAAUGGCUGGAAGAUGAAAAUGAUCGACAGAUGAGAAAACUGCAUAAGCUCAUUCUGAUCAAAAGGGACACCAACAAAAAGAUUGAAGUAAACCGUCAACGCACAGUCUAUUCUCAGGACCGCAAUCUCAACGUACUUGCUGUGAAACUAAAUAGCAAAGAAUUCCAGAAUUCUACAACGGAUUACAUUGCUCCUCCAGAAGCAGAUCGGGCUCAAAUCAUCAAAGAUGCACAUAAAAUAGGCCAUUUUGGCAUUGAGUCUGUGGUUCAACAUAUCCACACGUAUUUGGGUUUACAUUGGAACACCAUCUACGCUGAUUGCAAGGAAAUACUGAAAGCAUGUCCUGAAUGUGCAAGGCAUAACGUCACUCGUCGAGGUUUCAACCCUGCUAAAAGCAUCGUCAGCUUUGAUGCCUUUGAUCACAUUGCUAUGGAUAUCUUAGGUCCUAUGUCGAUCACCGAUAAGGGAAAUGUUUAUGUGCUGGUUGUGAUUGAUCUCUGUACUCGCUACAUUAUAGCUCGUCCAAUUCCUAACAAAAAUGGCGCUACAGUCGCUCAAGCCAUACUAUCCAUCUAUGGUGACUAUGGUGUUGCUGUUAGCAUCCAACAAGCUGACAACGGCAAGGAAUUUAAAUCCAAUCUCAUGGAUCACUUCACAAAAACGCUUGGCAUCAAGCAGCGACAUUCUCUUCCUUACUACAAACAAUCCAAUGGUAGUGCUGAGAACGCUAUCAAACAAUUCGAGCAUACGCUACGCAAAAUGUGUGGUAAUGACACGCAUAACUGGGAUGAUCGCGUACCCAUCGUCCAACUUGCACUCAACAUGAAAGUCAAAGAGCGUACUGCCAGUACCCCAUUCAGUCUCAUGUUUGCUCGUCAAGUUAACGUCAAUCCCAAUCCAAAUAAACUCAACCUCAAUGGACGUCCUGCACUAUCCAUUCAAGAGCUCCAACAGCGUAUCGAACACAUGAAUACCAUCGUGUUUCCUGCUCUCCAAGAGCGUACACAACGGCUUGCUAAGGAAUACAAUAAGCGUAUGGAUAAACGUCGAUACAUCCUACCUGAACUAGUCUUUGACUCUCCUGUCAUGGUCCGCCUUGAAGAAGGUCGUUCAUCCAAACUCGCGCCUCUCUAUGCUGGCCCAUAUAUCGUUGUCAAGCGUACCCAAGCUGGCAAUUACAUUCUAAAACACGAAACCAAUUCUCUCAUGCACCGUGAAUAUACUCCUUCUGAACUCAAACCUGUCAACAUUGAUGAAACUACCAUUGAAGACGAAAUCUUUGAAGUUGAGAACAUUCGCGAUCAUCGCUAA